AUGAUUUGGGGUGAAGCGGCACUGGAGGAGAUCGACUUUCACUUCUGUUUGAUCGCCUCUGGUUGCAACUUUAAUCAGUUCUCGCGCUAUGGUACAUCGCCAUGGUUUCCGGUGAUUCACCAAGUUGCACGCCAAGGGAGCGAGCUUGACGAGCGCUUCCUGGAGAGUCGCCGGCGCACGAUCCUACGAGAGCAUCAACAGCUGACAGAUCUCAAUUUGCGAAAGGCAAGUGUGUUGGUGGUUGGUGCCGGAUAUCAGGCGGUGCAAUGGGCCUGUGAGUUGAACUACUUCUUCCCCUCCCUGCGUGUCUUCUUGGCCGACUUCAUGCCGCGUUGCCUUGGGCCUCUGCCGGAGGAUGCGGCAGCCUAUUGCGAGGACUACAUGCGAUCCCAUGGCAUUUCGACCCAGUACAAUGUGAAGUACGACGAGAACAGUGAGGCCUUCUGGCAACGGAUCGGCUUGCCUGAGCGAGCAGAUCGGACCUACGUGCUCUCUGGCGCUAAACAUUCCAACUACUUUGUGGAUGAGGCUGCCCAAAGUCAACGAGGGCCUGGAGGUGGCGGAUGGAUUCUGGUGAACCAGUUCCUACAGGUGGUCACCAAGACCGGCGAACGCUGGGGCGGAGGAAACAUCUUCGCGGUGGGGGACUGCGUCAGUAGCAGCGGGGAAGCUUCAAAAUGGGAUUUACCGCAGCUGCCGAAGACGGGCUUCCCAGCGGAGCAGCAGGCGAUGCAAGCCGCCAGAAACAUCAAGGCGCUUGAUCGAAGAUGGUUUGCCAAGAGAUGCCUAGGCUGUGUGCCCAGGGAGGGCCUCUGCAGCCCAUGGCACCUGCGGCCCACGUGGUUUCCCUGGGCUGCUGGGAUCUUUGCCAUUUCGUUGGGUCCUGAAGAUGGUGUUGUCAUCGUGGGAGCCAAGUACGAGAAGGGCUCCGGCCGUGUCUAUUGCCGCGGAGCCCUGGCUGCGGCCAUCAAGGUCAAUCUCUGCGCCGCAGACUGGCCGGAAAGCGAUGCGUCGAAGCUCUACUUGGUCAUGUUCCAUUCGUCUAGAUGUGGACAUUGCCAGAGCCUCCGUCCCUUGCUCCAGCAGCUCGCAUCGGGCCUCGAUGGCGUCACGGUGGCGGGGGUGGAGUGCCCUGAGGAGUCCAACAGACAGCUAUGUCGACGCUACAACGUCACUGGAUACCCGACACUUUAUGCCAUUGGUCAAGGCCACGAGGCGCGUUACAAGGGCGGCGCCUCGGACGCCGAGCUGCGGCGCUUCCUCCGCACGCUGCCGCGGCGCCGCCUUGGGCGCUGCGCGUCCGCGCCGGCGUGGCGUGGGGUGGUGCGGCUCUGCCGGGAACACUUUCCGGAGGCAGAUGCCAAACAUCCCUGGCUGGUGCUCCUCUACCGCCGUGGCCAUCGAAACACAUCGCCUACGCUGUCGGCCACAUGGGAAGCCGUGGCCAAGGAUCUCGCGAAUGGAAUGACGAGAGAGCGACUGGACAUGUUGGCUGAAAAGUACCAGCUCCACCUCUCGCCUCGGGCAAAGCUGCAAAGCUCUUCACGUGCGAAGGCGGCAAAGCUGGGAGCUGUGUGCUGCGAUUGCGGUGAGGAGGCCUUCUGUGAGCGCCUCUUGAAGACCACUUUCUCAGAGCCCAAGAUGCUGUGGGCCUCGCGCGGCAAGGUGCAGGCCUCCAGCCGUUCGGUCUUCGAUGCUUCGCAGCUAGUGGAAGUGGCCUUGGGACAUCUGGGCUAUCUGAGUCAAAGCCGAAAGGACCGUGAGGAUUUGUGA